UGUGGGUUUCAUCUACAUUGCUGCGAUGGCUUCUCAAAGAGUUCAGAGUCUUGUUUUCCUUGUGUUAUUAGGUCUAGGCAUAUGUUCUGCAGCAAGAACACUCCUGACCUAUGAAACGUAUCCUGCUGCCGGCCAUGGUGGCGGAGGUGCAUCUGGUUAUGGAGGAGGUGGCGCUGGAGGUGCUGGUGGUGGCGGAGGAGGUGCAGGCAGUGGAGGCGGUUAUGGCGCUGUAGGUGAACAUGGUGCUGCUGGCUACGGAGGCGGUAGUGGUGGUGGAGAAGGCGGUGGUGUUGCCUAUGGAGGUGCAGGUGGACAUGCUGGUGGUGGAGGAGGUGGCGGUGGAAGUGGUGGUGGUGGUGCAUAUGGCAGUGGGGGAGCUUAUGGUGCUGGCGGUGCUGAAGGUCAUGGAAGCGGUGGUGGUGAGGGAGGUGGUGCCGGAUAUGGUGGAGCUGGUGGGUAUCCUGGUGGAGCUGGUGGAUAUGCUGGUGGAGGCGGUGGAGGUUCUGGUGGGGGCGGAGGAGCUGCGUAUGGAGGAGAGCACGGCAUUGGCUAUGGUGGUGGACAAGGAGGUGGUGCCGGUGGAGGUUAUGGAGCUGGUGGCGAGCAUGGUGCGGGAUAUGGAGGUGGUGGGGGUCAUGGUGGUGGCGGUGGAGGAGGCUACGGAGCUGGAGGAGCAAGUGGAGGUGGAUAUGGAAGUGGGGGAGGAGCUGGCGGUGGAGCAGGAGGAGGUGCUGGUGGGUACGCUGGUGGUGGAGGUGGAGGCGCCGGAAGCGGCGGAGGCGGUGCACAUGGAGGUGCAUAUGGAGGAGGCGGCGGUAGCGGUGAGGGUGGUGGUCACGGUGGUUACAUGCCUUGAAUCGAUUACGUACUUUUACUUCAUUGUGACGACUAAAAUUUACCUCUUCUUACCUAUACCAAGUAUUAAGGAAGAACAUUUCCAAAAAAAAAAAAGUAUUAAGGAAGAAAAGAAAAAGGAACAAUAAGAGUACAUUUGGGUAAGAAGAAAAUUAUUAUUAUUUU